AAUGGGCGCAGCGGCAGUAAGCGGCGGUGACGGCGGCGAGGAGGCGUUGGUGCCUUGAGGGCUGGAUUUGGAGCGGAGCCGCGGAGGGAAAAGCACGGCCUUCAGAAAUGGACAGGAUUUAUUCGGAAUCAAAUGAGGAAAAUGAUCAUACAGAACGCAUCAGAAGGCAAAGGCGUUCCUCGAUUUUAAAAGCUCCGCGGAGUCCUCUCAAGGACCUUGGGAGUGGGAAUGAAUUCACUCAGGAUUAUGACACUGAGAAGCGUCGGAAGAACUCUCGCCGUGUCAGCUUUGCAGAUACCAUAAAAGUUUUCCAGACAGAUCUUCAAAUUAAUGUGGUAGAGCCAGAAAAUACAGAGAGCGCAGCAAAUAUAAGGAAUCAAAUCCUAUUUAACCAAAAUGAAGGGCCUGAAACUGUUCAGUGCGAGAUUACUGGGAUGGACACUUUGCUUCAUGCCCCAAUCCAGACACCAGUGCAGCAGACUGAGUGGCAUGAUACAGACAACAAUCAAAUGAAUAGAAACGACAGAACACUUAUCUUUUUGGAUGAAAAUGAAAUGGAUAUGACAGCUAGUCACACUGCAGUGAUCACACGUAACCUUAAAAACAAUGAAGAAAUUGACAAACCUAGGAAAAUAGACAUCAAAUCAUUUUUAGCUGGGUUAACAUCUAAAAACGAAGGGCCAGAAAUGAACAAGGAAUUUCGCUUUUUCUGUGAUCCUACAAAGGCAAAUGAUGCAUGUCCGUCUCUCCAACAGAAGCCAGACUUUGACCCAGUAAAGAAAAUAGAUUUCAGUGAAUUCUUGACAAGCCUGAAGUCAAGUGAAAUGUUUACCAGCCCCACUCUUGAAGGACCUGACAAGGAGAACCUGUUUUUUGUCCCUUCACAACUUCCAGAAAGUAGUGCAUUUCCUCUAGGGGAGUGUGUAUAUUCCCAUGCACAAGAGAACACCGGCAAUGUGACUAGAAUCUUCAGAGGACAAGAUGAUGGAAUGGAUAUUACGAAGUGUCAUAUAUCUAACAUUAAUACCAUGUUCCCCAAUACUUGUGAGGCCUUAUCAAAGCAAUUAGAAUGUGGUGAUGUAACUGUGGCUUGUGGAGAUAUGGAUAUGACUGCCAGCCAAACUGUAAAAAUGUCCCUCACCAAAAAUAACACAUUCAACAUUGAGAAACACAGUCAGACCAUCAGAAUGGAUUUAUCCGGUUUUGUGGCUGACCAUUCUAGAUUAAAGAGAACAUAUAACCAUCAGUUGGUUGUUCCACAAGACCCCCAAAGAUGUGUUGAAAAGAAAACUGUAAGUGUAGAAGAUGAGGAGGGUAUUACUCAAAACCAUACUAUCUUGAUAGACAGUCACAAAGCAUCACAGACCUCUAAUCAAGGUUGCAGAACAAGGACUGGGGUUCCUGGAUGUGUUUCUUUUGAGCCCGUCUUCCAUGGUGAUAAAACCAUUGUCUUUUCCAGCUGUAAUGAUAUGGAAGUUACUGGGAAUUGUACAGUUGUAAACUGUAAUGAAACUUCCAAGGCAACUGGCAAGUCUUGUUAUGAAGCUUUUCAAAAACCAGGAAAUGCCAUCUCUUUGCUAAUGGAAAAAACAGUUUCAAGAGAUGACGACAUGGACAUUACAAAAUGUCAAAUAACUUCAGAUAAUCAAGUUCUCAGGCAAUGUAAAAAGAAUGCACACACAAUAUCUUUUGUGCCAGAUAAUGGAAGUGAAAAAGGCAUCCAAAAUCACAGAGCUGCUUCUGAGACUCUGGGGCUAGAUUCAAGUGCAAAUCCUGGUUCUUGGACUUCUAAGGGCACAUUUCGACACAGCACAGUGACUUCUCUGCUCGUUUCACGGCCAAGUGACAAAACAGUAGUCUUCUCAGGGGAAGAUAUGGACUUGACUAGAAGUUAUAUUGCCAAGGAUGUUGAAAAGGGCAUUGCAAGUCAACUUCCUCCUGUCUCUGCUGAUAUGUUCACCUCUGUGAAAUUCAAACCUCAAAGUUUUGGUAACAAAUCUAGCUCUUCUAAUUUAAAUGAGCAGGAAGAAAUGGAAAUAACUAAAUGUCAUGCUGUAGUCAUUGACAAUCAAAACACUGGAAUAACUACAAGCCAACAACAAAUGCAGCCUAAAACUAUUCCAGGAGAGAACUGGAACAAAGAAGUGAAUGGAGCUGUAAGUCUUCUAAACCUUGACAAGGAAAAUCCUCUUUCAGGAAUGAGUGAUCACAUGGAUAUUAAAAGAAGUCAUCCCAAUCCCAAAACCAUUAUUUUUUCAUCACAAGAGCAAGAGAUGGAAGUCCCUAAAAGCCACAGCAGUGCCAGCAACAACUGUGUGCCGAAACCUUUGCAAAGGCAAAACUGUGAAAUAUCUCAACAAUUGAGGAAAAGUCUAGUCAACCCUUCACUUGCCUAUUCUAAUGACAAAACUGUUGUUUUUCCAGAUGAUCAAAGUAUGGAUAUAACCCGAAAUCAUACUGCUGCUCUUGACUUUGCUCCUAUUCUAGUAGCACAAGAAUAUGAGAGUACACAUAUUCAGAACAGUGUAAUAUCUAAACCAAAACAACUACAAAAUAAGACCCUCUUAUUUUCUGGUGGUUCUGAUAUAGAUAUUACUAGAAGUCAGACUGCGGCAAUAGAAUGUGGGAGUUUCAGAAUGAACUCAAAUCAAAAGAAUGACAUUCCUGGAAAUAAGCAAAUUCCAGCCCUUGCUGUUCCAAGGUUUUCUUUCACUUCUGGUGAUGAGGCCCUUCCCUCUGAUAUUAAAGGAAAUGUGCAUUUUGGGAAGACAGCAGGAAUACACAUUGACUCAAAAAAUUCCAAAUUGCAACAGCAAAGCCAUACUAUGGUAGCAUUAAACAAGGUACUGUCAAACACUGCAAAUCCUGAGAGACUUUCUUCAACUAGUAAAGCAGCUUCACUUUCUUCAAAACAGGACUUCACUAAAACAGCCAGAACAUCGAUGCCAGAUACAAAAAAUUCACAGAUGGCUUCUCUUUUGGAAAAGUCAGUUGUUUUUUUCUCUGAGGAAAAUAUGGAUUUGACUGGUAGCUGUGUAGUAAGUGUUCCUGAUACAGUUUUAACAGAAAGAAAAGAUACUUUAUUUCCAAAGAAAAAGGAGUUGACCUCAUGCCCUACCAUUAUAGCUGCAGAUAGUGUGCAGCAACAAGGAUGUGACCAAUGCCCCUUAAAGCCAUCGUCUCUUUCAAAUGAGAAGACUGUCAUAUUUUCAGUGGAUGAUGAUAUGGAGAUGUCUAAAAGUCACACAAUGGCAACAGACAAUAAAAUUUACCUACAAGGCAAGAGUUCAAGUAAUGGAAUACCCUUAAUCCCUGCAGAUAAAACUGUUGUAUUUACAUACAAUGAUGACAUGGAAAUAACUAGACCCAACACUGUUGUAAUUGAUAAACCUAUGGAAAAGGCUGCAUCCCAGACUGUGCCAGAACUAGGUAAAGGGACUGGAAGGAAAAGUCUGAUUGGCCCAACCAGUGAAAAGACUGUUGUGUUUUCACUGGGUGGUGAGAAUGACAUGGAGAUCACAAAGAGCCAUACAGCACCAAUAAACCGUGAAAUUGCCUCACAAGAUGAGAGAGCACCUCAAACCCAGUCUGUAGUUCAUGGAGAUAAAAUGGUGUUUGUAUUUAAUCAGGAUGAUAUGGAAAUAACUGAAUCUCACACUAUUGAUAAAACUAUGGAAAGAGUCAUGCAUGUGGAUAGAUUAAAACCGGAUAAGUGGGUUGGACAGGAAGCUUUUUCAAAUAGCAAAACAGUUGUGUUUGCAAUGGGUGAUGACAUGGAGACCACUAAAAUCCAUACAGUGUCCUUAGAUGAUAAAAUCGCCCUACAAGGUGAGCAAACCACCCACGUUGGUCCUGUUCUUCCUGUUAAUGAAACCAUUGUGUUUACAUGUAACCAGGAUAAGAUGGAUAUCACUGCAUCUCACACUGUUGCUAUUAAUAGUAAUAAUCUUAAAGGAUCUGAGAACCAAGAAGUGUCAAGUAAAAGCCACCAGCAGCAGAAUGUAUGUAGAACAUCGGCCCCUAUCUGUGGAGAGAAAAUGCAUUUUAUGCAUGCAGAAGAUUUGGGUAAUGGAUGCCACUCAGAUUUUAGGGACAAACAUGGACCAGAUUUCCCUGCUUUAUCAGUUUUAGUAUUUACCUAUAAAAAGGAAGAAACAGAUACACUGAAAAUCCACAAUGUUGCCACGGAAAAGUCCAUUGGUCCUGUCACUCUGUCACUUCCUGAAGUCACUUUGGAUAAUAUUCAGGAACCACAGAAUGUUAUUAACCUUCCCAAGGGCAACUCAAGUUCUGUAUACUGCCAGGAUCUGAGAAAACAAGUAAAACCUAAAUCAAAGAGAGUGUCUUUCAAGCUUCCAGAGAACCAAAUAGAAUCCCCAACUUACAAGAGUGAAAGUCAAAGAAAAGUUGCUGAGAAUAGGCUCCUGGAUGGUGAUGAAGAAAAUUGUAAUGGUGUGUCCCAGGUUCAAAUUCCAGUCCAGCAGUCUCACUUAUCUAAGGAGAUCACUGAUAGUUUGAACAGGGGUGCACUUAAUGUGUUGGAUACUGGAAGUAUAAACUUGAAAGAUGAUCCAGGGAAGUUGACUUCAUCUAGACAUGAACACAGACCCACAGAGUUAGACAUUGAUGGACCAGACACUGUUAUACUUUCUUACAAAAAGACUAAGGAAAAUGAGGGAGUGUCUGCUGAAUGGGAAAAACUUACAAAAGAUUCCCCAAAAGACUCUGAACAGACUAAGCAAUUCUCCCAAGUCAAUGACAUUCCUGCAGAACAACUAGACCCCAGCCUUGUGUCUGAAUUAUCAGGUAUUGUUAAUAUUUGUUCAAGGCUAAAAAAUUGUAGAAGGAAGUCUGAAGUUGUCCCAGUCUCUCAAACUGCUGCUGUGUCUAAUAGUGCUGAAACUUUUCCCAAAUUGGCAACACAGCCAGAAGAUCCUUUGAGCUUAGGAAAAGAUGUUGAAAAGGAGCCCAAUAAUGCAUUUUAUAUCAAAGAACAGGAAAAUAUAUAUUUUGAAACUGGAGAUGCUCCUUUAGACACAACACAUACAGAUAAAUGUCAAGUGAGAAAGCUACCCCUAGGUAUCUUCCCGCCUAAAUUGCCAAACAAAAAAAAUUCCACUGUUCCAAGUGUAGAAGACCUCAAUGCCAAAUCAGUGGGCGGAGUAGAAGCUCAGGUUCCAGAAAUAAAUUUAGUCACCAGCAAAACCUCCGACAACAUCUAUCCCAUUGGAAGGCAGAACUUGAGCCCUUCUCAGUAUAUAGAUGAGGAAUUGCUUCCUACAUGCCCAGAGGAAAUGGAUUCAGUUGAGUUUGUAAGUUAUGAGCCCCUUGAUGGAACCUGUAAUGAGAUGAACAAAAAAGAGAUCUUUCACAAUAAAAGCUAUCCAUUAGAGGAGCAAGAAACUUUCAGCAACCAGAAGAGAGCUUGGGAACAAGAGGAAGAGGAACUCCAGAAAGGAAAGAAGAUCAAGAGGAGUGAGAGCUGGGAUGGAGAUAGCACAAAAGAACAGCGGGCUACCUCCAGCAUCAUUUUAUCUCAUACCCAAGCAGAAACUCAUGAGGGUGAAAAUCCUCCAAGUCUAUCAGCUAAAAGCCUGGAGAGGACCAACUCUAGCAACAGCAGCUGUCUGGAUUCUCUUAAAGCUGACAUAGAUCUUAGUAUGCAGCGAAGCAGUCAGAUGGAGUCUCAGCUUCUCAUGGACAGUAUUUGUGAACAGAAUUUAUUUGAGAAAUUUCAGGAUGGUGUUAUCACUGUAGGGGAGUUUUUUACGCUUCUCCAGGUCCAUAUUCUAAUUCAGAAGCCCCGGCAGAGUCAUCUUCCAGCCAAUUAUGCAGUGAACACAGCUCCUACUCCAGAAGACCUGAUUUUCAGCCAGUACAUUUAUCGCCCCAAGCUGCGGAUUUAUGAAGAAGAUUGCCAGGUUCUUUCUCAGAUGAUAGAAGAUUUAAAGUUGUGUGCAGGUGUCCAGGAUAAACUUUUGGUGGAUGUGAAUAAGAGCCUCUGGGAGGUGAUGAGGACCUUCUCUGACAAAGAGCUGAAGAACUUUGGAACAGAGUUGAAUAAAAUGAAAUCCUGUUUCACCAAGAAGAGUAAAGUCCUGGCUCACAAGGGGAAAGUGAAAUUGUAUGACAAUUUGGUGCAGAACACACAGAUCCAAUGGGAGAAACUACAGUCAAGAAUAGCAAAAGUGGAUGAAUUCCUCAGGGAGAUGGAUAGUUGUCUUUUAGCUCUGGAAACAGUUACUAAGUUGGAAGAUUGUGAAGCAGAUAUCAGUGAUCCAGUGGCAGAAUGGGAGUCCAAAGUGAGAAACUCUGAGAAAGAGCUUGAAAACCUCAAAGCCCAAGAAGAGGAGCUUCAAAGGGAUCUGUCAAAUUUGGAGGUUCAGAAGAAGCAGGGGUUUUCUGAGAUAAAACGUCUGCAGAAUAAAGCAAGUGAUUGUGAGGAGCUCCUCGACAAAUACAACUUCACUGAAUGGGAGAUCAGUGACUGGAGUGAUCAACACGCAAUGUUUACCUUCCUUUAUGAUUCUAUAGAACUGACUAUCACAUUCGGACCAUCAGUGGAUGGUGCUGUUUUCAAUGGCAAUCCCUGCAGAAAGAUUGUUGAUAUGAGCUUUGAAUCUCUGUUGGAUGAAGAAAAAGCUCCACUUUCAUCAUGUCUAGUCCAAAGGCUCAUCUUCCAGUUUAUUGAAAGUCAGGGUUCCUGGCAGACAAAAUGCCCAACAAUGCACCACCUGCCCCAGAUGCUGCAUGAGGUCUCAUUAGUGGUGAAUCGCUGUCGACUCUUAGGAGAAGAGAUUGAGUUUUUGAACAGAUGGGGUGGAAAGUUUAAUCUUCUGAAGACAGAAGUGGAUAAUACAAAAGUGAAGCUCUUGUUCUCCACUUCCACAGCUUUUGCAAAGUUUGAGGUGACAUUCUCUUUAUCUGCCAACUACCCAUCAGCUCCACUCCCUUUCACUGUCCAAAAACGUAUUGGGAACCUUGGCCAUGAUGAAAUUUCUGCUGUUGUGUCCAAUGUGCCACUGGGCACCAACUACCUGACGAGAAUGGUCAAAAUGAUUCAUCAUAACUUGCUCCAGGGUUCCCUGAUCGUUCACUAAAUCCACUCAGAUCAAUACAGUUCUCAAGUUGGAUGUCUGUCCUCUUCAAAGUUACAAGAGUUGCCAGCUUCUUUUAAUGCUAUGAGAAUCUGAUUUAGCAACUGACUGUGAAAUCUCAGUAAGCCUACUACCAAGCACCUCUCCUAUACCAAAGCAUGUUGAGGGAAUGCAGAAAUCUGUAGAGCCAAGGAGGAAUUUCAGAUGGCUUCCAUUAACUUGUCCCACUUUUCUCAUAUUUUUUUUUCCUCUUCCCCAACCCCUCCAGCCACUGCUGGUUGUGGUUUCCCUUUUGUUACACCGCCACAUAAAAGAAAUUCUAGCUCCUAUAACCACCAGAAUUAGCCUGAUAAUUUCUCUCUGGUUUGUUAUUACCAAGGUCUAUUGUCUGUCUUCCAAGGUUUGCAUGACUGGAAGUUACUAUCACUAACUAGCCCAGAUUUUAAGUUUGAUUAUAUCAGCUGACUUGGAAUGUCUCUCAGAUCACAGAAACUAUCAUUCUGGUUUCUGCUGCUUGACAAAAUUAUAAUUUACAAAAUUCACAAGUGGCAUGCACAGUUAGAAGUUUCUCUUUAAGGUUACAGAUCCCUGUUUCUAACCAUUGAUUUUGCAGUGCAACAGAACCCAAAGUCACAUGGAUCAAGUUGUGAACUUUUCCUUGUGCUAUUUGGUUCUAAUCAUUCUGCAUAUAGAGCCUUUUCUAUUGCUAAGGUGUUAAGCUAUUUGAUGCACUUACUUAGGCUAGGCUCCCUAUUUCUCAAAGGGGUAAGCAGGCUAAAUAUGUAAAUCUGCUUUUGCUUAAUGUGUUCAACAGGUGACAUGGUAGGAGAUGUUCAAAAGGGCUGGAUCUAGCAGGCACACUUCUAGCACUGACCAUUAAGUUACUGUCUUGCUUGAGGCAGCUGUUUCCUUAGAAAAAA